AUGGAGCACGUCCCUGGGAACACGUGUCUUCCUAUACCCCAUUUGCUUGCCUUGCACGCGCAGAAACCCAAGUGGAUUUACGAUUUCAUCUCAUGUAUCUAUGGUACGUGGACGGGCCCCAUCAAGGCCCACGCAUGCACUGACUUGUGCAGUCUUGUCUAUGCGUACCUGUUACAGUACUUUGACGUCCAAAGCUUUGCGGCAUUCGAUACGGACGAAGACCGUAAGACUUGCUCGCAUCUGAUGCUCAAAUUGGUUCCAUUUUUUUCGUCCAAGCAUAGCCGCAUGUGCUUUGAUUCUGCCGAGGAGGCGGCGCUGUGCUUCCUCCAAGCCGUUGGCAUUGAGCGCAGUGGUCCUGAACCGCUGCGAAUGCUCGAAAGCCUACUGCAGCUCGUUGCCAAGCUUGUAGCGCCACGCGCGGUACAAGAGCUAGACCAGCCGGCAUGGUGUUGGACCACAUGGGCGUUGGCUGAUAUGCAUGCGCUCUUGCGACCACAGAGUCGUCCAGUGGCCAAGAAGCUCGAGUUUUAUGCACAAUGUUUGCAUGCGGACGGAGCUGCCGAUCCAGCUUCUUUGCACGCGCACGUUCAGGCAUACCUUUUGAAGCUUGAGCAAGAACAAGACGAGCGCUUGCGAGCAGAUCACGUCAGCAGCGCCAACCGGGUGAUUUCUCAGAUGGACCAGCCGAUCCAGCAGCUGCACAAGCCACGUAUCCAAGUGUUGGAGCCCUAG